CAACACCAACCGUCCGAUGAAAGAAACAGCAAACGCUCUCACCAUUUGUGGGCCCGCCAAACCAUAAAACCGGCAUCACCCGUUUACCGUUACCACAACGUAUAACUAAAGCUCGCGCCUUACAUCCCCUUCGCACUCUUCGAUUCCAUUCGAUUUGGUUUGAUUAGAUUCUAUUCGAUUCGAUUCAUAUUCGAUGACGAUGUCGGCGCCGAUCGAAUGGACAACGGUCUGGAUGGUCGCCGCCUGGUACGGCUCCAACAUCGGCGUCCUGCUUCUAAACAAGUACCUGCUCACGAACUACGGGUUCAGGUUUCCGAUUUUUCUGACGCUCUGCCACAUGACGGCGUGUUCGGUGUUCAGCUACGUCGCCAUAGCUGUGAUGAAGGUGGCCCUACUGCAGAGCCUGAAGUCAAAGGUUCAGUUCGCCAAGAUCGCCGGGCUCAGUGUCUUUUUCUGCUUCUCCGUCGUUUGCGGUAACGUGUCGUUGAGGUACAUUCCCGUGUCGUUUAAUCAGGCCGUCAGCUCCACCACCCCGUUUUUCACCGCCGUUUUUGCUUUCUUGAUCAUCAAGAAGAGGGAGGCUUGGCUUACUUAUGCCGCCCUCAUUCCUGUUGUUGCAGGUGUCAUCGUUGCUAGUGGGGGCGAACCAAGCUUCCAAUUUUUCGGGUUUAUUAUGUGUAUUACAGCUACAUCUGCAAGGGCAUUCAAAUCGGUUCUUCAACAAAUUUUGCUUUCCUCUGACGGGGAAAAACUGGACUCUAUGAACCUGCUGUUGUACAUGGCACCAUUAGCCGUGGCGUUCUUACUUCCUGCAACACUGUUGAUGGAGAAAAAUGUGGUUGGAAUCACAAUCGAACUUGCUCGAAAAGAUAUCAAACUUAUUUGGUACCUGUUCUUCAAUUCUUCAAUGGCUUAUUUUGUUAACUUGACCAAUUUCUUGGUCACCAAGCAUACAAGCGCUUUGACCCUUCAGGUGCUGGGGAAUGCAAAAGGGGCAGUUGCUGUGGUGGUUUCAGUUUUGAUAUUUAAAAAUCCAGUGUCAUUCAUGGGGAUGGCGGGUUAUGCACUCACUGUCCUUGGAGUUAUUUUGUACAGUGAAGCCAAGAAGAGGUAUAGUCGAAUCCAUCUCUAGGGCAAAUGUUUGGGGGCCAAUGCACCUUUUUGUGGAGAGAUUUUUUAAUGUGACGGGAAUGCAGGGUGGUACAUUACGUUUUCCUAUAUAAAUGGUAAGAUUCUUGUGUUAAAAAAGUAAUAACGUAAAAAAUAACAUUUCUUACCACUUAUAUAAUAACACAUGGUGUACCACUCGCGUUACGACCAUAGGGAAAAAUUUCUCCUUUUUGUGCCCACUUUCAUCUUCUUUUUUGUCCACGCCCAAUGCGCUUGCGGUGAUUCGAACUUAGAAAUAUAGAAUCUUUUUCGACAUUUGAAAGAAAAGUACCAUUAGUUCAAUAUAUAGUGUACACUUUUGUCGGUAUUGUUUGCAAAUUGUAAAAUAAACUCUUUCCGAGAAAUAAAAAAUAGCUCGAUUGCAGUUAAU